CGUCUUACUUUUUACAAAAUUCAAAGAACACAAGUGCAUUUCCUCCGCCAAUAAUCAGAGGUUUGCGGGCAGACGAUACGGGCAACGGGCAGAUGCGAACCUUCUGAUUCGACCAGAGAUGGUGGUGGUUUGCACAAACACAUCCUUAAAACCCUAAUCCUUGCCCAAAACCAGAGAAGACUUCCCCCUUCUCUUUUCCUCUCUCUCUCUGUUGAAAUCUAUCAAACAAUAAGCAAUUUCCAAAACUAGGUUCCCUGUCCUGACAAUGAGGAAAAUGAGAUUGGGAUGAAACAGCUGAAUUGUUACUCUUAACUCUCGUGCCGAGUCCUUCAGCAGGCCACUAAAUGUGAUUUCUGAAGAAUAACGUAGAAGAUUGAACUUAUCAGGUGUUUAUAAUUUCCAAGAUUGGCUUCCAUUGUGCUGGACAGAAGAGGAAAAGACUGAGAGGCUUAGAAACCUCAGUGUUACUGCCACAAAGCUGGGAAAGUUUUUUCUUUUUUUUUCGAAAACAGAAUUGGUGAAGCUUCGGGGCUUUUGUUUUGGUCAGCUUCCAGGUUCUGAAUUUUGUGUUGUGCCAUUGUUCUAUCUGUUGGAAUUUGCUUCUCAACUUUGUGAGAAUGGCUCAAGAAAGCUGGAAGAAGGAAACUGACGAGACUGAAUGCCAGACACCAGAAGGCCCCAUCUUGUGUGCAAACAAUUGUGGCUUCUUUGGAAGUGCUGCAACUAAUAACCUAUGUUCUAAGUGCUACAGGGAUAUGUUCAUGAAGCAGCAGCAACAAUUCAAGGCAUCUACGGUCACUCCAGUUGCUGAAAAGGUGCAAGCCACAUCCACAUUGGUACAACUUGAGCCCGUUGUUGGAAGGGUGAACAAUAACAAUAUAGAGGAAAAACUUACUUUGCAAGAGGGUUCCUCAACAUAUGAGACUAACAAACAGCCUCCAAACCGUUGCCUGGCCUGCCAAAAACGAGUUGGAUUGACUGGGUUCAAGUGCAGGUGUGGGGGGAUAUUCUGUGGUGUUCAUCGGUACUCCGAGAAGCAUGGCUGCUCUUACGAUUACCGUAGUGCUGGUCGGGAUGCCAUAGCCAAGGCAAAUCCUGUUGUGAAGGCUGAGAAGAUUGAGAAGAUAUAAGGGAGGUCAUGAUCCUUAAUGAUGGAUGGAUGUUCAGAAAACAAAGAUAAUGCUGCUAUCUCUCUGAUGUGAGUUUGCAAUAUCAAAUCUCUUAGUCUACUUUAUAGAGGGAAGCACUUCAAAAUGAAGAAUAGGGCAGAAAAAGAAAGAGGAGGUGGAGGAGAUAGAAAGAAAACCAGGUCUAAGUUGCGAAUUGUUGCCUCAAAGAUCGUGAACCAGAUGCUUCUAAGUUUGAUAUUUUCUGGGUGUUUGUUGCAUGUAACCUCCAUUCUCCACAAAUGUGAAUAAUUAAAAUUUGCAGAUCUGGUUAGAUGUUAUGUUAAAAUUUAAAAAUGACCUGUGUUUGCAGUUUGCCUGUUGGGGCUUACAGCAUAUAUCUAAUUAAUGAGAAGGGUGUGAUGAUUUCGUAGUGAUUGGAAGUUGCCGAUUA